CUUUGUUAUCUUUUACUAAUCAAUAUGGACAACAAAUUUCAACUUUGGUCGCCGCCUUUGCUAGAUUUAUCACUGGACUCUUUUUCAAAUGACCUGUUUCAAGAGUUUGACAAAACGAGAACAAGUAGCGGUAACCAUGAAAUCAAUGAAGUUGCUACAAUCAGUAGCGAAGUUCAAAUUAAAAUGAAUAGCCCCACUAUAAAUAGCCAGAUGGAGCCCACUCCAGAACAGUUAGAGUCUCUUGAGAUUCACCAAAACAGCCUCUUAUCGUCUUCUCCUAUAUCAUCUUCAGUCACCUUACCACCCUCAGAACGCGAAACGUCUUUCCACGAAGAAGAUUCUUCUUCAACAGCAAACCUGUUUCGUAAAUCUUCUACGUUUUUAAAGAAAAAACUCAGUCAAAACGGAAGUACUAGAAGAGAGGAAAAUGGUUCGAUUACAACAACGAAUGCAGAGGAAAUUUCAAAUAUUAUCUCGCGUCAGUAUCCUCCCAAGCCCUUACAUUACUCGCCUGUAGUAGAGACUCCUUCAAAUAGUUUACAGGCCAUGUCUAUAAACAACAACGAUACCGAAAGUAUCAUUGAUACAUCAUUUGCUAAUGUCAGCUUACCCCGGAAUAGCAGAGAAGUUAUAACAGUUCCUCCCCCAGUAAAGAGUAAUUAUAGUAGUAAGAGAAUGUCUGACCCUAUGUCCUCCGUAACUACAUCAGCUACAGCAACUACGACGACAGCAACUGUUCCGGCACCACCAAAAAGACGGUCUUUUUUCUCUCUAAGAUUUUGUUAAAGAAUGCUAUUUUUAUUUACACACACAUGCAUAAUAUACAUGCAAGUUUGCUCUCUUUCCUUAUUUUUUUUUUUAUUGGAGCAGGGCGAGG